CUCAAAUCUCGACAUCUCAGACCAAGAUACACCCCAUCUUGCCCUUAUACGCAUUGCAGCGAACCUAAUCAUACGCUGCACGGAACUCUAGGCCGUCUUCUUGGUCUAUUGAGCUCGGGCGGUAUACCACCUGCACCCCGCGCUCCCCAUCAAUCGUCGGAUCCAGAAGAGACGUUGCGGAAAGGGAACACACAAUGCCAGCACUGCUUCAAGUCGCGCUUGGAUGGGGCCAGGAUGUCGAGGUGUAGCGCAUGCAAAGUCGACAUGUACUGUAGCAAGGAAUGCCAGAAGGCAGCCUGGCCUGUACACAAAGCCCGUUGCAAGAUCAACCAGCGGGUGCAUUCGCAAGUCGGCGUAGAUGCAGUCGAACAUUACAAGUCUCUACGGAGCUUCUGUCAAAAACACCGCCCCAUUCUCUCCGACUCUGUUAUCCGUGCCCUCGACCUCCGGGCGGACCCCUCCCGCGCCGGGCGCGACCUGCUGACAAUUGCUGUCCGUCCCCGCCCGGGAUCGACGCGGGCAGAGACGAAUUACUUCGUCGCGGCCGCGGAGGUUACAUCGCUCAGCGACUUCGAGCCGGAGAAGCAGGAGGAGAUGCAGUCGCAGCUAAAGUACGCCGCCGACCUGUGUAAGCGGGAAGGUGGAAUGGGAGCAGUCUUCGUGAUGGUUUGCUGCAUCGACCCGCCGAUUAUGAACGUCAUCCCUGUCGGCUUCUCGCAGGAUUGUCUGGAUGACACCCGGCCAGGCGAGCCAUGGAAGGAGCAAUUAUUCAAUAGGAUGAAUGAGGGUAUUGUAGUAUAGCAAACUUACCGGUCACUGACCGCGAUGCUUAAUAUUCUCCACGCGACUUCGCCCGCGAAAAGCACGUCGUCCACAGUCUACCCAUUGUACCCUAGUGCUAGCCUCGUCACCUUGUUCCCUCGACCGUUACAAUGGGGUCACUUUACAAAUUUCAAGCUCCAGGUGUGCGAGUCCCAUCUCCA